UACGUUCCAGAUGACGUCAUCACGCUACAAGAAACAUGCGCAGGCGCACGGCCUACCAAGGAAGGAAGCAAAAUGUCGCUAGAAGACCCGUUUUUCGUUGUGAAGGGGGAGGUGCAGAAGGCGCUGUCCCGUGCCCGGAGUCUGUUUGAUAGAUGGGAAGAACUGUUGCAGGAUGGGACACAAGUGAGUCGAGAUGAGCUGGAUUGGAGUGCCAAUGAGCUGAGAAACUGUCUGAGGGCCAUAGACUGGGAUCUGGAGGACCUCAGUGAAACCAUCAGCAUCGUAGAGUCCAACCCAGGAAAGUUCCGGUUGGGUGAAUAUGAGCUCCAGGAACGGAGAGACUUUGUGGAACGAACCAGAACAUCUGUCCAGGAAAUGAAAGAUCAGCUGUCCAGCCCGUCUGCUGUGGCUCAGGCAGAGAAAAAGAACCGGCAGGCUCUUCUGACUUCAACAGGCCCGGACAGGUCCACAGGGCUGGAGGCUCACCUGGUUUCUGCAAACUCCAGAUAUAUCCAGGAGCAGCAGGAGCAGCAGCAGCUGAUCAUGCAGGAGCAGGAUGAGCAGCUGGAUUUGGUGUCGGGAAGCAUCCGUGUCCUCAAAGACAUGUCCGGACGGAUUGGAGACGAGCUGGACGAGCAGGCUGUCAUGUUAAACGAUUUUGGAGACGAGAUGGAUCAGACGUCAUCCCGUAUGGAUUCUGUCUUAAAGAAGCUGGAAAAGGUGUCUCACAUGACCAGCAGUCGGAGACAGUGGUGCGCCAUCGGGGUGCUGGUGGCCAUCAUGAUCGUGGUCCUCAUCUUGUUCUUCGCUCUGUGACGUGGAUGACCUCGCACACCUCAUCUUUGCUCACAGACUGCUCCUCAUUAGGAUGAAUGGACACAAAGAAGAACACCCCGCCCCCCCCCUUUUGUCACUCCUGUUCCUAAUGCUGAGAAGUGCCCGGUAUCCUGCAGAGGGGGUCUUGUCUUCUCUGUUUUUAAUUAAUCUGGUUCCAAUGGGGGUGGGGGUCUCUAAGCAGUGGAGUUUGAGGGCGACACACGCGGUAUUACCUGUUUUUUAUUUGUACGUUAUUUUUAGAAAGGAUGGAUUGCGAUGGGGGAAGAUGUGAUUUGGAACGAACAAAUCCGAUCUGUAGGUUUUUAUCAAAUCAAGUGGUGAUGUUAUGUUCUCCUGGAGGAGACCCUUUGCCACCUGCUUCCUGCCAUUUCUUAAAGCAGCAUUCAUUAGGACUAAAUCGAGAAAACUAAAGAUCUUUGCAAUCAACAGAAAUAACACAGGAGGGUUGUUGCCUUAAAUAUAUUUUUGUACUGUUUGAAAUGUUCAGCAGGCUGAUGAUUGGUCAGUAUUGGAAAGAUGCAUCGGUUUGGUACGAUGGUGCCUCUGCUGGCCGACGGGCUGCAGAUCCAUUCAACGUUUUUGUUUGUAAAAGAAAAAAAAACAGCUGCAGUGGGCAAAACAACAAGAGAAAGUAUAAAGUUGCCAAACAAACCAUUUAAUGUUCCCCGAUGGUGCUCCGCGUCAGCCGUGCGGCCUCACGCCCCCGCAGAUGUCUGAGCACACCAUUGGCCGGGGCUGUGUUGCUCUCACUGGGUGAUGACAGAUAACCUUGGCUUGGAGCGAAUGGCUUUGCCUCUUUUAUUGAGAAGCUUCAGCUAAUGAGGAGGAAUAGUUGCUGGGCAAGAUGACUCCAUGUGGAGCCCAGGUUUAAACCCACAGCGCCCUCUGCUGGACGCUUUGUGUGAUAUCUUUGUAUCGUCAUGCAUCAAAGUGCUGUACAUUAAUUACCAAAUGCAUUUGUUUAUUUAAAUAUUAUUGUGCAAAAACUUUA